AUGGAACGCCUUGCCUCGGAGCAAGAUGCUACUCAAGCCCAACUGUCAUCGGCCGAAAGUCAACUUCAAGGCCUGAAGGAGGAAAGCUCAGCUCAAGCCAAGAAAAUAGAAGAGCUCGAGGCUCGGUUGGCUGUCGAACUUGCAAAGGUUAAAUUUGAGGCAAAAAAACUGAAGACUGACGAGGAGGCGAUCGUGGUCUUCUACCGAUCUGAUGUUGAAGCUGCUCAAGCCCAAGCAAGAGAAUCUGCCGAGGCCGCUCAAAAUCGAGCUUUUUGGAUUUCCAAACUCGCGAAGUUCCAAUCUCGGAGGGAAACUCUCGAGGAGAUUCAUUCUCGAGAUGUCGAUCUUACUAACGAUAUAAGGAAGCUAAAAAGCUUGAAGACGAUGCCAAGCUUCUCCUUUUUCUGUUUUUUCUUCAACAACCACGUCGUAUUUAUCGAUCGUUGGAACGAACUAAGCCCUAAGCUAUUCAAUUGCAGGAUUCUCCUCUGCUUCACUCUCGAGUUCUACAAGAUUGUUGAGAGGAUGAAGAGGACAAUGCCAUGGAGUGAUGAAGAAGACGAUACAUCUUCAGAUGAAUCCUCAACGCUUGAUACUGACACUGAGGACAAUCUGGGGUCCACCAAAAUCGACCCUAAACUUAGUACUACUACUUCUUCAAAAUCCUCCAAAGAUAAAUCUUCUCAAGCUGAGUCUGCAAAGCGAAAGAGCAAAGGUGUGGACUUUGAAGCUCUAAGCCGCCAUGGGUAUAAAGGUGGAUUGUCUGUCUUGAAAGUUCCACCACCCAAGGAGCCAGAUCAGGAGCAGAAUUGGUCGUGGUCAAAAGGGAAGGAAACGCGGGAAAAAGAGAAGGAAGAAACUUAUCAGGAGCGCCAGAAGACGAGGGCUGCACUUCAGGAAGCAGAGGAACUGGUUCACGCACGAACUCAGAAAGAUAGGAAAAACUUUUCUUUCUCACAGAAAGAAAAGAGGAAGAGAGAUCUUGGUCAGGCUAGCAGAGGGAAGAGCUAUGUUGAAGAGGAAAAGAGGCUGCUUAGGGAUAAUGGUGUUUACUCUGGUUUUGAUGCCUGAUUCAUCAGCUGUCCCUUUUUAGCAUUUUUAUCAUGUAAAGCGUUGUAAAAGUUGGCUAUGACUAUCGUGCACGUGCUAUAUCCAGAAAUAUUGUUGUCAACAUGAAAAUGAAUGUGUGAAACUUCCAUUUGUCUUGCUCGAUAUUGUCAUUGCAUGAGUAUCAACAGAUAUAUCUAGUCGAAGUUGAUGGUCAAUUAUCCAUCUGAUGCUCAA